CUCGGCAGGCAGCGCUGCCUGCAUGAAAGAGGAAAUCGUGGAGAAAGAGGAAGAGAAGAAGACAUGACCAGCGCAGAAAAAGUGCACAUCACGAAGAUGAGUGCUGUACAUCCAACGGUUGGGGUCACCCAAGUUCUGACCUUCUGUGCUGUGCUACUGACCCGACACUGCAUGACCAGCGCCACAGCGGAGCCAGACACGACCGCGCCGACCCGAGACCGCGCGGACAGGACGGCGACAGGGACACAUGCAGCAGAGCUCUCACACGUCCCUGGGGGAGACGACGAGCCCAGAACCCGUCCCCGCAACAUCGAGAGUCUCCCGCAGGUGACUGUCUCUUCUAAUCUCACACUUCUGACAACGCAAAAUGGCAACAGCCCAGAAACAGGAACAUGGUCUGGCACAUCUAGCACAGGACACCAGACUCAUGGCUUCCCCAGGCAGCACAUGGCUCAGACAGGACACGAGUCAGGCAUUGACCACUGGGAGACCAGAACAGGAACAGAGCCGUCCACAUCAAAGACGCAACAACACGUCCAGCCCUCGUCUCAGGCGAGCUGGGGUCGGACCGAAGGAACAGCGCGACCAGGAGUGAGGCUUGGUGGAUUUACGGCAGGGCACAAAGAUGACGGCCUGCCAACUCCAGACUGGGGUUUUGUAAAGCGGAUGGCAGGGAUGAAACCCUGGGAAAGCGCAGCAGUUACGGCGCGCUCAGCAUCCCACGAGACAGGCGCCGUUAUCCGAACCACAUCCUGGAGGCCUCAGAUGCAGACGAGUGUGGGAAGGGAAUCCCACGAUGGGAUGAUGGAAACGGGUGCGACCAAAGUGCCUCUGGAGAACUCCACGGAAGACUCUGGAGUGACAUGGAGAAUCAAAGGAAGUCACAGCCUCACAAUGGAGAAACAAGAUCCAUUGAACACCACCCUGAGCCAUGACACAGCACCAACCCAGCCGCACAAACAGUCCGCGAGCCAAGCAACUCCUGGCAAUGUUACCAGCAUGGAUGGGAGCGCUGACCUGAGCAGUGAGGUCACGACCAGAUACAAUAGCACGGCGCAGGCAUUAGUGAACACAGCACAACAUGAGGUUCCUUUCAGUAAAGGUCUUCUACCCACAGAGAACGUGGAGGAAACGUUUACCUCCAGUACGAGCACAAACACAAUUUCAGCUACAUUCCCAGAAGUCCGCACUGAUCGGGAAGGUGAGGGAUUCACUACAGGGAGUGUCACCAUGACUCCAAGAAACAUGGUGCACACCGCCACGACCACAGGCCCCAGCAGGACCCAGGCGACAUACAUGCAUGGCCGCAGUCUGAGUGUGUGGAGGACGUCUGCGGUCAACGCAUCUACUGACGCAACAGAGGUGGCCAAGAACGUGUCCACUGGAGCAAACAACACCAGACUCGAGGAGAGAGAGACUGGCUUUUGGCCUGACUGUCACACUAAGGGCUGGCCAUCGGAGUCUCGGCGAUCGUCUAAGCUGGUCUGUUUGCUCACGCUGUGGAGCCUGGCUGUGAUUGCUUCUGUCUUCCUGGGCCUCACCAUAUUCCUGUGCGCACGUUUGUCCGUGGUGAAGCAGAGGGCCGGGUGGAGGGGGCGAGGGAGGGGCCAGAAAAGGAACUCCACAGCCAAGGAGACGCAGAGCCUGUGGGCCGAGCCCGGCGCCUCCGCCCAGGAGAGAGUGGAAUUAUGGUACGCCAACGGGACCACGCUGCAGGUGGAAGUCAAUGGGAGGGAGCGAGGGAGAGAGGAGAGGACGAGAAGAAAAAGUGAGAAACGGAAAGCAAGGGAUAAUGAGGGAGAUAUGUGGGCGCCGCCCAGGGUGACCAUGGACGACAUCACAGAGUUCUGGUACGGCAACAGAAGGGCGAGGAACACAGAGAGGCCAGCUGGACAGGGUCAACUUAUGGGGAUGCAUCAGUACUCACAAGAGUGAGUGUGUGUGUGAGUGUGUGUGUGUGGGUGUGUGUGUGAGUGUGUGUGUGAGUGUGUGUGUGUGUGGGUGUGUGUGUGAGUGUGUGUGUGUGUGUGUGUGUGUGUGUGUGUGUGUAUGGGCAUCUGUUUAGAUCUUUGUGGGUUAUAGCAAAACAUAAAAUUCUUUAUGUUACUUUUUUUUUUUUUUUAAUGCAGAUUGUAUUUAAAAGAAACUUUUUCAUACCUGAGAGAGACAGAAAUAUUUGGUGGACUGAAUUUAUUCCAGGCCAAACAGUUUAUGUAUAACUUUUUAUAUCUGUAUAAAUGUAUCAGAAAAUCUAGUGCUGUUGUCAGUUAGUUAUUUUGGUUUGCUAUAAUAAAUUCUAUGUAAACACAAAAAAUAGUGUGAAUGAAAAUAUGUGUGACUAUAAACUGCACGAUUGAUUUAUUAAUACUGAGAGACACAUGAAUGAUCAGGCGUGCUGGCAGACAGAAGUGGAUCAGGGAUGUCUGUUGAACAACAGUGUGUUAAAAGAGAAAAUGAUUAGCAAAUCUCACUAAUGUUCACUAACAAUUAAGAGGAACACAGUCAUCCAUCACAACACACGCUCUGCAGAUUAUCACACACAGGUGGGCUAUAAAGCACACAGCAGAUUACUGAGAGAGAAAGCAAACUGGUUUCAC